AUGACCUCUACCAAUAACGCUCUUCUUCACGUCAACAUAACCAAUGUUACCAAGCUUACUCAAACCAAUUUUCUUAUGUGGAAGCUCCAAGUCCAUGCUCUUGUCGAUGGCCAUGGUCUUGCGGGCUAUCUCGAUGGCACCACCACCAGUCCUCCUGCCACCAUCACCACCGAUGCUGUUGAGUCUCCGAAUCCGACUCGUUUGCAAUGGCAGCGUCAAGACAAACUUCUCUACAGUGCUCUUCUAGGGGCAAUCUCUCUUACGGUUCAGCCGCUGCUUUCUCGGACCACAACCUCUGCUGAGAUCUGGUCCACUCUUAUCGCCACGUAUGGGACGCCGAGCCGUGGCCAUAUUCAACAAGUGAAGGAUCAACUGCGUGCUUGGCGUAAGGGGGAUCGUACGAUUGAUGAAUAUUUUCAGGGUCUUACGACUCGGUUUGAUGUUCUUGCUAAUCUCGGUAAACCUAUGGAGCAUGAGGAACAGAUAGAUCACAUUCUGGAAGGUCUUCCUGAGGAGUAUCGACCUAUCAUUGACCAGAUUGAAAGCCGAGAUACUCCUCCUACUCUCGUCUACAUUCACGAACGUCUACUAAAUCGAGAGGCCAAGCUUUUGUCGGUCUCUGCUUGUGCUCCGUCUCUGCUUCCGGUCACGGCGAAUGUUGCUACGCAUCGUUCCUCUGGUGGAUCUCGAUCUGGUCCCUCUCACAACAACAACAACACUCACAACAACAACAACACUCACAACAACAGCCACCACAACUCCAACAACUACAACAACAACAACAAGAACCGCUACAACAACAACUCCCAGAGAGGUUCACGUCCUUACCAAGGGCGGUGUCAGUUCUGCCAGACUCAAGGUCAUUCCGCAAAAUACUGUCCUCAACUCCUUAACCGUCUCUCGUCUUCUGGCUCUACUCCACAGAGUCCUUUUACUCCGUGCUUCUAA